CUCGCUAUGGGCUCGGAGAUGCCUUGACCUGACGUGCUCCAGCACAUUCCAGCAAUUCUGGGACGAAAAAUGCGCUGUUCUGAAAUAGUCCAGCCCGUUUCGCCUGAGACAUCUUCGCUAUUCUGGGACUCGGGAUUUGUUGUUGCUGCCUGGCACACCACCUGGACUGGCCGCUCAGGGAGCGGCCCACCUCCCGAACGAAGGAGGGCGCCAAAGGUGCUUACAUGAAUUCACAUGCAGCCAGACAUCGCAGCAAAAGGGCGGCAGGCCACCAUGGCCAACAAGGUAUCUGUUGUCCGCUGCGAGGUGCCCAGGGAUGCCACUUCCCAAACACGGCCGCCCACGCCACGCCCAGUUGACCGCUGGCCUCAGGCUGUAGUCACACCACGGCCCAAGGACCUCGGUUCCCACAACACUCCCCAGGGAGGGGACAAUCGCACUGUGUAUUGGAAAACGACAAGAUGGCAGACGAGGAACAUGAUUUCGAGAUGGAUGUCACGCUAGCCGUAGACGACCAGACGCGGCACUGGCUUUAUUUCCAGCGCGAGCGCACAGAAGCCGAGCGCGCCGCCUCGCUGCAUAAGACAGACGUUGGCGGAGCCUCGGUGAUAGUGAAGCAGAAGAUACGCGACGGUCGCGGCAAGAAUUUCAAGCUGGACGAGACCUCGUUUGAGCUGAUCGACGCGCCGACCAGUUUGUCGACCGAUGAUUUCUACGCCAUGAGCAAGAAUCCUACCCUGGUCGAGAAGUAUCGCGUGGAAGUGGCGGAAUUGGUGAAGAAGAAGUUGAAGUGUGAUGUGGUGCAUUGCUUUCACCACCAGGUGCGAUGCGCGCCGAAGGCAGCACUUUCCGACGGGAGCAUCGCUGGCUACGCAGGCGGUGGUCCUCAUACUGAUUCCAGUGCCAUCAGUGGGGAUCAAUUGGCACUCUCGACAGUGGCGCAGAUCGAGCGCGCUAAUCCAGCCAAUGCGGGCCCGUUCAAACGGUACUUGUACCUUAACCUAUGGCGUAACAUCUCGGACGAGCCGAUAGAAAACGACCACCUUGCGGUGCUCGACGAGCGCACGGUCGCGAAGCCCGAUGACUACAUAGUGAAGGAUUUGUACGGCCCGGGCUACGAGCUUGUGCAGUACGGGUUGAACGCGAGGCACAAAGACCAUCACCGUUGGUAUUAUUUCCCGAAGAUGACGAAGAACGAGGGUAUCCUGUUCAAGCAAGUCGAUAGCGAUUUCACACUCGCGGGCCGGACCUGCUUCCACAUGAGCGCGCGGAACCCAGGCGUUCAAGAAAAGCACCCGCGCGAGUCCAUCGAGUUGCGGAUGAUGUGUUUCUGGCGGGAGGCGGCGGUGGAUUCGAUGCCCACGGAGGCGAACGUACGCCAAGAGCUGAUCCAGACGAAGACUGCCGGCCCUCUCGAGGACGCAGGGUUGUGGACGCUCGGAAGGGCGUUCCUUUCGCGGCUUUUGGGGCUCGCUUUGUUCGGCCGAGGUGGCGCUUCUUCUGGGCAGGCGUACGGCGGCGACCCGAAGCCCUAUGCCGCGAAAUUGAUCGCUGCGGUCGAGGCCCUCCCGAAGUGGCCGGCUGCGGGGCGCCAGUGGGCCUCACAGGUGGUCACGAGCCAGGGGCUGGAGCAGGGGAUCGUCACGAUCACGCACACGCUCGCGGAGGACAAGACCGGGCAUUUCGGUACGAAACAUUUUUCGAAGGAGGUUCAACAAGUUAUCGCAGAGGCCGCGCUGGGGGACGAGAAGUACAUGGAGACAGCCCGCAAGGCCAUCGGUAAUCUGGCGGAUAACUGAGCGCACACUCAUUGGAUCGUUGCGCAGAUUGUUGCUACUGCAGCAAGAGUACAGUUGCACCGAUCAUGAAUAAAUCUCCCUCGUGCUUUUGACCCAGCGCACUGUCAGCAGGUUCCAGAGAGCUGGCCAAGCUCCUGGCAGCUGAUAAAACAAGAGUCGCAAGCACGGUCAGACGUGUAGGAUGUAGGGCUUGAAUCUGCCUCACCCCCCAGGGUUCACAGCUGGCAGUGUACAGGCGCUACGUCGUGUUCGUCCGUUUGGGCUUGCGCAGGCCGUGCUUUCGGCUUGGUAGUGUCUGCCCUGGGGGCGCACAUGAACGUCACCCGAUUGGCACGCCACCUCCUCGCUACCUACCGCCUAAGCUUGUCUGCAACGAUUGACAGCCACGGCCAGCCAAGAGUGGGCAACGACAGCCCUGGCCAGGCAAGCCGUUGGCGCCGAUCCAGACAUUCGAAUCAAAAGCGGCAUAAAGAUACAUGUUCGGAGGUCCGCGCAGGUUUCUUGUGCUAC